UGGUAAUUGGUGGAGGGUCUGGAGGCCUUGCUUGUGCAAAAGAAGCUGCUCAGUUUGGAAGGAAAGUGGCUGUUUUGGAUUAUGUGGAACCAUCUCCGCAAGGAACCAAAUGGGGACUUGGUGGAACUUGUGUGAAUGUUGGCUGCAUUCCUAAAAAGCUUAUGCAUCAAGCAGCCCUUUUAGGGAGUGCCCUUAAAGAUGCCCAACACUAUGGCUGGAGUAUAGCCCAACCUGUUCAUCAUACCUGGUCUGUGAUGGCACAAGCUGUUCAGAAUUAUGUGAAAUCAUUGAACUGGGGACACAGAGUACAACUACAAGACAAGAAGGUGAAAUAUUUCAACAUGAAAGGGAGUUUUUCUGAUCCGCAUACGGUCCGUGGUUUAACAAAAGCAGGUAAAGAGACUGUUGUUACUGCCGAAAAUAUUGUCAUUGCUACUGGGGGAAGACCAAAGUAUCCUACACAUAUUGCAGGUGCACUGGAGUAUGGAAUCACAAGUGAUGAUCUAUUCUGGUUAAAAGAAUCUCCUGGAAAAACGUUGGUUGUUGGAGCUAGCUAUGUUUCACUUGAGUGUGCUGGUUUUCUGACGGGUAUUGGAUUGGACACUACAGUCAUGAUGAGAAGUAUCCCACUUCGUGGGUUUGAUCAGCAAAUGGCAUCUUUAGUAACUGAGCACAUGGAAUCUUACGGCACAAAAUUUUUAAAGAGAUGUUGCCCAACCAAAGUUGAAAAAUUGGAGAGCAACAGAUUGCAAGUCACCUGGAAAAAUACUGACCUGGGCACAGAAGAAACUGAUUCCUUUGACACAGUGAUGUGGGCAGUAGGCCGAGCUCCUGACACUAAAACUCUCAAUUUGGAUGCAGUUGGAGUGAAAAUUAACAGUGAAACUGGAAAGAUCAUCGUUGAUGCCAAUGAAGCUACUUCUGUUCCUCACAUUUAUGCAAUUGGAGACAUAACAGAGGGCCGUCCUGAGUUAACACCCACAGCAAUAGCUGCAGGAAAACUGCUGGCUCAGCGGCUUUUUGGCCAGUCUUCAGAACUGAUGGACUAUGACAAUGUACCUACUACAGUUUUCACUCCUUUGGAAUAUGGUUGUGUUGGACUGUCAGAAGAAGCAGCUGUGCAAUGUUAUGGAUCAGAUAAUAUUGAGGUGUACCAUGCAUAUUAUAAACCUUUAGAGUUUACAGUGGCUGAAAGAGAUGCAACUCAAUGCUAUAUGAAAAUGGUGUGCUUACGAGAGAGAGAGCAACGAAUACUUGGCCUUCAUUUCACUGGACCAAAUGCAGGCGAAGUUAUUCAAGGAUUUGCUCUUGGAAUCAAAUGUGGUGCUACGUAUCCUCAGCUAAUGAAAACAGUUGGCAUUCACCCUACCUGUGCUGAAGAAAUUACCAAGCUGCACAUCACAAAGCGUUCUGGUUUGGAUGCUACAGUCACAGGCUGCUGA